AGACUGACCUGUGGGUCAAAGCGGAUUGUGUAUUUAUAAGGGAGUGCAGUCUACCAUUCUGGCAACAAUGGCCAAUUCAUUUGCAAAAGCAUCCUUUUUAGGAACAUUCUUCGUUCUAUUACUGCCAUACAGUCAUGGUCAAGCCUUUUAGCACUACUAGAAGUCCUCAUGGCGAUAAUGGAGGGACAGCGGAACUCUCACCCCCUGGCCAGGAGAAUUAGCUUCAAAUUACUCUGUGCAGCGCUCUGCUUUGGACUCUCCGGCAUCUCAAGAGGACUUGACGAGGGCCUCAUCGCAACGACUGUCGCCGAGCCAUCCUUUAUCAAUGAAUUUGACCUUCGAGCGAGUUCCCUCGGCUCCUCCGAGCAAGCUGAUCGACUCUCGAAUAUUACGUCCAUGGUCCACAUCGGCAGUAUCCCCGGUGCCUUGAUUGCGUUUGUCCUUUGCGAACGAAUCGGGAUGCUCUGGUCUAUGCGUCAGCUGUGUGUCUUGUGGCUAGCGGGUGUGGUUAUUGUGAUCACCGCCGGUGAAAGUCUUGGUCAGAUAUAUGGUGGAAGGUUUGUGAUGGGACUUGGAAUUGGGCAGGCUGGUAUCGUGGCUCCGACAUAUCUAGCAGAGAUUGCUCCUCGUAAUGAGAGAGGGUUCUUGGUCUGUCUGUUUGGUAUGUCAGAAUACAUCGGGAUAAUGAUAGGGUACUUCUCCGCAUGGGGCGCUUCAUUGCAUAUACCCAACAGCAGCGCGAAACAGUGGAUUAUUCCCCAGAGCAUACAGAUAAUCGUUGCCGGUAUCCUGCUUCUACUGUCAUUUCUAUGUGAAGAAAGUCCUCGGUAUCUGUGCAAAGUCGGACAUGACGAAAGGGCAAGAGCAUCGCUGGAAAGGCUAUGGGGUCUGCCUGGAGAACACAGGUUGAUCUCGUCGGAAAUGGAUGGUAUCCAGCGUCAGCUGCACGUUGAACAGGAGCAAUCAAAUGGUCAAACUUGGCUCAGUGCUCUGCGCGAAUUGUUUCUCGUAGCAGCUAACCAAAAGCGACUACUUUUUGUCAUCUCAGAGCAACUUAUGAGCCAGUGGUCCGGAGCAAAUUCGAUUACCACAUAUGCUCCUGAAUUAUUCGCCCUGUUUGGCUUGACGGGCCAGUCUAAAAAGCUAUUCACGACCGCAAUACUGGGAGCCGUCAAGCUGGUUGCUUCUCUCCUUUGUGCUAUCUUCUUGAUCGACCGCAUCGGACGCAGGCGAUCCUUAGUCUCCGGCAUCCUCAUCCAGCAAGUUUCCAUGCUGUACAUUGCCAUUUAUCUCACGGUGGAGUCAUUCUCCGCCGAUGCGGAGUCACCUUCCAUGAAACGAGCAGCCAUUGGAGCAAUCAUCUUUAUCUAUUUUACAGGCGUGGGCUGGGCCAUGGGAUUUAACGCAAUCCAAUACCUGAUUAACGCCGAGGUCUUUCCGCUGCGUGUUCGAGCCAUCGGGACCAGUCUUUUGAUGUGCUUUCACUACGUCAAUCGGUAUGGUUUAUCUAAGGCUGUUCCGUCUAUGUUACUUGAAGAUGCGCUUCAGCCGAAAGGGACGUUUUGGUUCUUUUCGGCUCUGACCUUCCUGGGUCUUUUGUGGACAUUGCUGUUCCUGCCGGAGACGGCAGGGCGGAACCUGGAAGAAACGAACGAGCUGUUUACGUGAAUUGAUGCUAGAACUAGUACAAUUACCGGAAGUUCGGUGAUGACUACCCCUUUGGAACUGUUCUGUGGGGUUCCGACGGGGCCGAGAGAGUUUGUUGUGGGAGAUCUUCUCUCAACACCCG